AUGAACGACACGGGCAUAUUCUGCAGAAACAACCAAACAGCCAACCUGACAGACCCGGCGUGUCUGAACUCAACCCGCCCGUCCUACAACCACAUAGACCUCACCACGUUCAUGCACACGUUCCCCACCAUCUACGGCAUCCUGUGCUCGGUUGGAGUUAUUGCCAACGGACUGGUCAUCUACGCGGUGGCGGCAUGCAAGAAGAAGAUGGUCUCGGACAUCUACGUGCUGAACUUGGCCAUAGCGGACAUGCUGUUCCUACUGGUGAUGCCCUUCAACAUCCACCAGCUGGUCCGAGACAGGCAGUGGGUGUUCGGAAACUUUAUGUGCAAAGCGGUGGUGGUGGUGGACGUGAGCAACCAGUUCACCACAGUGGGGAUUGUUACUGUGCUGUGCAUUGACCGGUACAUAGCCAUCGUCCACCCCACCUCGGAGAGAAGGACCAUCAGCUGGACCAUCAUGAUCAACAUCCUAGUGUGGCUGGGCAGCUUCCUCCUCACCGUCCCCGUCAUGAUGUUCGCCAAGGUUGAGCGUAGGCAGCAUAUGGAGGUCUGCAUGAUGAACCUGGACGGGCCUGAGGACAUGUACUGGUACACUUUCUACCAGUCCAUCCUUGGCUACAUCAUCCCCCUCAUCAUCAUCAGCACCUUUUACUCGCUCACCCUCUACCACGUCUUCAGCUCCAUCCGCCGGGUUAAACGCAAGCAGUCCGUCUGGGCUAAAAGAGCCACCAAGAUGGUGCUGAUGGUCAUCGCGUUGUUCCUGAUCUGCUGGUCGCCCUACCACGUCAUCCAGGUGAUCAACCUGAGCAACAACACACCGACCAUCACCUUCGUCUACGCCUACCACAUCAGCAUCUGCCUCAGCUACUCCCACAGUUGCAUCAACCCACUCAUGCUGCUCAUCUUCGCCCAGAACUACCGUGACCGCCUUUGCCGCAAAAACAUGCUUAACAGCUCCCAGCAUUCCUCCAAGCUCACAGUCGUCAAACAAGAUGGUUCCAGUGUAACCAAUAAUCCCAACUACCGCUGUACUGUCGUAUAA